ACGGUUAUUAUUAAUGUACUUUUAAAAGAAUAAAGGAUACUAAAAUAAAUAUAAGAAGAUCAAAACAAAGAGUGUCGACCAAUCAGAUAAAGAGAGGCGUUUUCUCUGACCAAUCACAGUUCAGCAAGAGUUGCCAUGGUAACACUGUAAACAACAUGGCUUCUCUCUCACGCCAUAAUAUGGUUUCUGGAGGGAUUUACGACCUUCCUAAAGUAUCUUAUAGUGAAUCAACAAGAUUAUUAUUGAAAGAAUUGUUGCAGGAGGCUGCAGUGAACCUGCAGCACCAGCGACACAUUGAGCGCUGGGUUGGUGCUGGCAAGUCCCUCCCUCACCAUGAAGCACUGGGUGGACGCUCUCGUCCUACUCGCCGACCUCCCUCUUCCUCCUCUUCCGCCUCCUCUUCCAGCAGCUGCAGGCAGACCUCAAGACCACACAUGCAGACCAAACGCUCCCACGAAGCUAUCAAGAGCAUGGGUCUCUACCAGCCCAACACACACUAUGUUCCUCCACCUCCCAGUGAGUAG